AUGUCUGCAGCUGAACACCAGGGCGCUGGUGCACAGAAGGCGUCCCAAGAGGGUACGAGAGAGUUAGGCGUCGCCGGAAUCGACGCAUCGAGUGGCAGCGCAGCAUCGUCCGACUACACGCAGAACCGUGUCUACUGGAUGGUUGGCCCAAUUAUGUGUACAAUUGUUGUCGGUUCAUCCAUCUUGACAGCUUGGCCACCUUCCGACGCUGCUCGCGUAGCAGGUUUCUUCCUUGCCGCCAGCGGUUACGUUACCGGCAUCAUGUGGACCUGGGCCAACGAGAUUAAUGUUGGUAAUGCUGAAGAGCGAGCCAUGACUAUCUCCAGCAUGAACGGCUUUUUCUAUGCGACUACCUCGUUUAUGCCAAUCCUUAUCUUCCCUCAAACUAUGGCUCCCAAGUUCGAGCGCGGUUUCCCUACCGUCCUGUCUUUCGCCGUUGGCGCUUGUGGUCUUAUUCUGUUUGCCAAUUUCUUGCACCAGCGACAACUGCGCAUGGAAGCCAAGGCAACCUCCCGCGAGUUGCCCGUAGAGGUUCCUGAAUCUGACGUUGAUGAGAAUGAGAAGAAGACAUAA